AUGAUUCAGCUCAUAAAAUAAAACUUAUCUAGAAACCAAAGCAGGAAGGAGGAAAAUUUAUUUCCAUACUGUUUUUAUACUGAUGGAGGUGCAUAUAAUGAUGAAACAUACUACUUUAUCCAAAAUAUAUUCUCAAGGUCAACUAUAUGCUAUUCAACGAAAUUACCUAAGAACUCACACAUUCAAGCAUAUCUUGGUCGAAAGGUUGUCUGUGAUGCUUCCUAGGUACCCCCAAAAAACUAUAAAAUAAAGAAUAGUUAAGAUAUAGUAAUGCUACCUUAUGAGUAAUAUGUUGAUAAAAACGAAGAUGAGUGCUAUAAAUUGCUCACUGAAUUAGUGAUUCAUAAUAUGGGCUGGGGUUAUACUUGUUUCUGCUCUGCAUAUAUGAUAUUUGUGUCAGAGAAACCAAUCAAAAUACAAAAAAGCGAAAUAAUUCAGAUGUUUAAUGAUAUAAAUUCUGUUGAAAAAUUCGAAGAACUUGGUUUUCCAAUUUUGAACUCAACAUAGUGCUCAGAUGGUUCAAGUAAUAGAGCCUUCGAAAUAGAUUUGUCAUAAAAGAACCUAAUAAAAAAGAUUGCGAAAGUUAAGAAAUUAGAUUGCUAUCCUUUAUUGUUUGUUGCAUCUUUUCCUAGUAAAACAGAAUACUCAGUUAAAUUUAAAUAAAAAAUAGCAGCAAAAUAUUUGGUGCUGAAACUGAUAGAUAGUUAUAAGCACAAUCUCAAUGAUAAUAAUAUAGAUAUGUAUAACCUAACCCUAAAUGGCAUAAAACUGUAGAUACCUCAAAGCUGA